CCCGGACAUGGCGCGGGCGGGUCCGGCGCUCCCGCGGUACCUGCUGCUGCUGGCACAGGAGCAUCUUGAGUUCCGCCUGCCGGUGUUUGUGACCCCGUGUAAGGCAGGAAGGUAUGGAUAUCUUCAUUUUCUGGAGGAAGACUUGAGGAGGAGCAAGGAUGGAGCUUCUUUGAAGCCUUAGCACCUGGCUCUUGAAUCAGAAGAAGACAGAGGACUCCAAGGCCUUGGCAAGCGUCCUGGUCACCAGCCUCCCUCCUCCACACCGCAUCAGUGGCACUGAGGACUUUUUGAUUCUGAGCGUUGGUUUGCACGCAGUCAGAAGGUUUUGUGCCACGCUGCCCAAGGCAGGGUCAGAGAGUAGAAUCACUUCUGCAGUGGGACUGCAGCGUGUCUGUUGUGGGAGCCCACAAGUCCUGUCUCAUGUGCUGCAGGUUGCUUGUUAUUGGCACAUUUAUGCCAACUGGUUGCAAAAUUUGGGGUGCAGAGUUUUUUUCCUGUCACUAAGUUUAUUUCAAUAAGUAAUAGUCCCACGGAUCAAACGGAAAUGAAUUCGGCUGCAGCAUGUCAUUUCUAGCAAAGGGGCUGCAUGAAGAGUGUCCUCAAUGUUUACCUCUCAUCUCGGUUCAAAAGUCUUUUUAGAAAUAACAUCUUUGCUCUCGCUGUAUGGUGGACAGUUCAGUGGUGAGCAGGAAAUUCGCAUAAAUUCUCCAUUUUGGAUUCUCAAUAUUCCUUCUGAAGAGAUGGCAAGAGGACUAAUGAAACGAACAGUAUGUGCAAAGUCUGUUUUUGAACUCUGGGGUCAUGGAAGAUCUGCAGGGGAGCUCUAUGCAUCUUUGAAGAACUAUCCAAUGGACAAGAUGCUUCCAUAUCUACAGUCAGACUCGACCUACAAAGUACACAUCCAUACGUUUAAUAAAACACUAACUCAAGCACAGAAAAUUAAAAAGAUAGAUGCUCUUGAAUUUCUGCCAUUCCAAGGAAAAGUAAAUUUAAAGAAUCCAGAACACAUCUUCUGGAUUUUGGAAGAUUACGGAAUGGAUCCAAAUAAUGUUCCAGAAGAGCCCUUUCAUCUGUAUUUUGGUAGAUGGAUUGCAGAUGGCCAAAGAGAACUUAUUGAGUCUUACAGUGUAAAAAAGAGACACUUUAUUGGAAAUACUAGCAUGGAUGCCUGCCUCUCUUUCAUUAUGGCAAACCAUGGGAGAGUAAAACCCAAUGAUGUAGUAUAUGACCCAUUUGUUGGAACAGGUGGCCUUCUAAUCUCCUCAGCUCACUUUGGAGCAUAUGUGUGUGGUACUGAUAUAGAUUACAACACAAUCCAUGGAUUAGGCAAGGCAAGCAGAAAGAACCAGAAAUGGAGAGGGCCAGAUGAAAACAUCAGAGCUAAUCUCCGACAGUAUGGUUUAGAGAAAUAUUAUCUUGAUGCACUAGUUUCUGAUUCCUCGAGACCAAUAUGGCGAAAAGGGAUGCUGUUUGAUGCAAUCAUUACAGAUCCACCUUAUGGUAUCAGAGAAGCUACUCGCAGAACAGGUUCACAAAAGGAGACAGUUAAGUCAGCCGAAAAAAGCACAGAAAGUAACACCUUCGUUUCAUCCAAUUAUCAUCUAAGUGACAUCUUUUUUGACCUUUUGAAGUUUGCAGCAGAGCAUCUGGUGAUCGGAGGAAGAUUAGUUUACUGGCUGCCGAUAUACAGGCCUGAAUAUACAGAAGAGAUAAUUCCCCGCCACCCGUGCCUGAAACGUAUUAGCAACUGUGAGCAGAUGCUUUCCAGCCACACAUCAAGGCGCCUGAUAACCAUGGAAAAGGUGAAAGAAUUCAAGAAACUAAUUUCUGUAUUUUCCUUUACAAAAGUCUUUGUGUGUAGUACCUGUGCUCUCAAUCACUCAUGCAGGAUUCUGGUGAUGUUAUCUGAUACAUUUCCAGCGAUGCAAUGCUGUCAAAACUUCAAAUGUCUGAUACCAACAACUUGCAUUAUGUUGCCAUACAUGGUAGAAUACUGAAAAUUUGAAUAAGUACAUUAAAAAAAAACCUAAGCAAAACCACCAACAAAAAAACAUUGUCUGCUUACGCCUUGUAUUUGAUCAACGUCAAAUGAGAAUCCGUUGCAUAUGGUUUUUCAUUUCUGUUAAAUGUUAGGACUUUGCAGUAGGAUGUGUAUGUUCUUGUUAAUCCUAAUGGAAACCUUAGCAUUCUAUUUUUGAAAUUCUUUCAUCAAUCUAGUGACUUAAAUGUUUGGCACUGAAUUGUAAAAAAACCCGACAGCUUUACUCUUGCUGGUAAGUGUUUUGAAAAAGUCUGGAGGAAAACUAAUGGCAAUACAUGCUGAACAUAAU